CAAGAGCGCACGGCACGCUCAAGUCACUGCAUGCACGAGAAUAUAAAGACAACAUGGCGAGGUUUCUCAAACUUAAUAUCAGGAGCUUUUUGGCCACACAGCUCAGGAUGUCGUCCGACCAGCUUGGAGAAUUAGGUAAAGGUGCCGGAAAAGGAGGUGGUGGUGGCGGUGCAAUAAGAGAGGCAGGAGGAGCUUUUGGCAAAAAGCAGGCUGCUGAGGAGGAGUUGUACUUCAAGAGAAGAGAGCAAGAACAAUUGGCUGCUCUUAGAAAGCACCACCAGGAAGAGAUUGACCACCAUAAGAAGGAAAUCGAGAGGUUACAACAGGAGAUCAGUCGUCAUGAGGGCAAAAUCAAAAAACUUAAACAUGAUGACUAAGUCUGUUUGACAGAUCUAGGUUUAUUUCAUAGAAAAAUUAAUUGCCCCCACACAGAUUUUCAAACUUUUGACUUAUCCAGUGUCAAUAAACAUUAAUUUGUGUG